UUCUCCUCCGUCCCUCUACUCCAGCAUGGUCCGAAUACCUGACCUCCCUGGCAAUCCAAUCCCCCACAGAACCGACCAGGAGCUCUGGCUCAAACGUCACGUCGCAUUUCUCUGCCGUCUGGACAAUGAACGAUUCCCUGGUAGCCAGCCUGUCAGCUUUGCGGCGAAGGACCUAGAUAAGCUGGAGGCUCAAGAUUACUGGGUAGCCGAGAAGUCCGACGGCGUCCGCGUCCUCCUGCUCGUCCACACAGACAUGAACACCUCCGACCAGAUGUGCUACCUGAUCGACCGCCACAAUACAUAUCGUGAACUCCCUGGCCUCUUCUUCCCCCACCACGAGGACCCUCGCAAGCCGCUUCGCGACACGAUCGUAGACGGGGAGCUCGUUGUCGAUGUCGACCCCCGCACCAAACAAGAAACGUUGCGUUAUCUCGCGUUCGAUUGUCUUGUCGUUGAUAACCAGAACGUCAUGUCACGGCCCUUGGACAAACGAUACGGGCGGCUGCAGAAAUGGGUGUGGGAGCCGUACCGAAAGAUGAUGCGAGACCACCCGCAUAUGGCAUUACAGCAACCGUUCGAGUUCAAAGUCAAGGACGUCAAGUUCUCGUACCACGUGGAGGACGUCUUCAACAUCGACAUCCCGCAGCUGCAGCACGGCAACGACGGCCUCAUCUACACGUGCGUGAGCACGCCGUACGCGCCCGGCACGGAUCCCAACAUUCUGAAGUGGAAGCCCCCGUCGGAAAACUCGAUAGACUUCAAGCUCGUCCUCCGCUUCGCGCCGACCCCCGGGAAGCCCGCCGCGCCCGACUUCCAGACGAAGCCGAUCUUCGAGCUCCACGUCUGGUGCGGCGACGACCGCGGCGUGCCACGAUACGAGUUCUACGACGUCAUGCACGUCGAGGAUGACGAGUGGGAGAGCAGGAUGAAGAUGUCGAGCGAGCAGCUCGACGAGCGCAUCGUCGAGGUGCACUGGGACCCCGAGCUCGAGCACUGGCGCAUGAUGCGCUUCCGCGACGACAAGCCGAACGGGAACCACAAGUCCGUCGUGGACAACAUCAUCAAGAGCAUCGCCGACGGCGUCGAGAAGGAUGUCCUCCUGUCACGCUCGUCCGCGAUCCGCAACAAGUGGAAGGCCCGCGCGGCAGCGCCGGGCGGCGGGGCACCCCCACCCCCAGCCACGAAGGCUGCCCACCCUCCCCCGCCGAAGCCGAUACAGCACGCCCUCCCGCCGCCCCCUCCGCCGGUGCGGACCCAGCGGCCCGACGCGCCGCGCGUCGAGCAGCGGUACUCGCGCCUCGCGCCCUCCCCUUGGAGCAAAGUCACCGGGCCGGCCAUGGUCGGGGGCAUAUACCGAUGAGCGUGCAUCCCCCUUUGCCCCAGGGUGACUCAAGGGAAGGGCGCAUGCCGAGCUCAGCGCCGACGGUCGAGAGUCGGAUUGGCGAGACGGCGUGCGUGCGUGCAGUAUGCGAUGCGGCGGGUGGAAGCAUGCCUCGGGCGAUGGAAUCAUUCACGUGGGGCCGAACUAUUCGCGACGACGUUCGGCCUCGGAUGGUCGCGUGCCCGGGCACUCCCGCGUGUGCCUCACACCUUACCACAGCGUCGGGAGGGGUUGGUGGCGGCUGGUGGCCGAGGUUGUUGCCGGCUGCUGUCAGUGGUGUGUAGGGGGAGGUUUACGGUCGCGGUGUGUGGGUCUGCGUAGUCGGUGGCGGGCGGUCGCGAUGUACGUAGCUUUGUGUCCGGAAUGGAAUUGACCUUGUG